AUGCGCGUCCAAAGGAGUAUUACCAAUGACGACAGGUACAGCGGCAGCAACAACACCCUUGUGAUGGAGACAGAAUCUACACUGGAAUUUACGUGUCAGUUUCAGUUGCAAAUGUACCCAGUCGACCGGCAGAACUGUUUCCUUCUCUUCACUCUACCGGGUCUUAGCAAGGACUUUGGUCUCUUGAUAAAAGAUGAAGAUGGAGUCACCUUUGAAGGGUCACGGUACUUGCUGGAGUACGAGCUAGUGGGCGAAACUCUGACUGAGGAAAUGGAAGGAAGGUUUUCCUUAAUGCAGGGUGAAAUUCUCGACAUCCAAAAGAGGCUCACAUUUAAGCCGUAUAUUGAUAUUCGUCUCGAGUUCAGGAAUCUUUACGGCUACUACAUCGGCAACACCUUCGUCCCGAGCCUCUUCCUCGUCAUCAUCGUCUACCUUACACUCUACUUCGAUAUUAACGACUUCGAGGACCGGGUCAUGGUGUCCCUGACCUCGCUUCUCGUGCUGGCGACCUUCUUCACGCAGACGAGCUCCAGCAUCCCGAGGACCUCUUACCUCAAGCUCAUCGACGCCUGGUACGUGGCCCUCAUCUGCCAGAACUUCCUGGUCAUCGUGUCCUUGGUCGUGGUCGAGAACCUCCGCCUCCGGGACAAGCCCAUGACGACCCGCGUGACACCGAUGGGCGUGAAGUCGUACGAGGGAGAUGAGGUCCUGCUUUAUAAGAAGGUCAAUUUCUUCCUCAAGUUCGUCUUUCCUCUGAUGCUGUUUGGGAUUCUGACGUCGUUCUUCUCCUUCUGGAGUAGGAAUUAG